GCAAGUUUGGAAGGCUUGUUUUAUCUUUCGUUUUAUUAAUUUCUUUUAACCAUGAGCGGGGGCGCAAAUUUUGUACCAGAAGAACCAACUCCAGAGAACAUGCGACCAGGGUUCUGUUCUGCUGUUUGUACGGACAGAGCAAGCUUGCAGGAGGAAAUAAAGAAACCCGAUCAGAAGACCUCGGAUUUCUUCGCCACCUGUAAUCUUCCCAAGAGGUUCGAGCAUCCUCACUGGUUCAACGGUUACGGGUGCCAAGUGAGCCGGCAGCAUCCGUUUUACAGGACCUCUGCGAGUGUGUACGGAUGGUAUCCACCAGGUCCGUAUUCCGUGCCCUCUGUGUUUUUCCCGAAGAGCCAGCAAUUUUCCAGUCAGCUGGCUCAGGCCGGCAUGUAUAGGAACUAUUCGCUGAACACCGGUCGUGAUCCUACGGGCUACAAAUAAUUGAAAAUUUAUGUACCUUUUACUUGUUACACUUCAAAUUUUUACCUAUACCGCAAUGUCCCAUUAAGUUUUAAUUUGCAUUGAAGUAAAAAUUAUUUUGUUAUUAAGUUUAUAAAUAAGUUGUGGAUAAAGUACCUAUAAGACUUUAUAUUAUUGAAUUGGAACAAUUAUUUUAAGAUAUUCAAUAAGUGUUAUUUAUUUUUAAUAAGUAAGAGAUGAGUUAAGU